AUGGGGGAUCUGCCAAUACCUGCCUGGAAAACAGACAUAGAUAUUAACCGAGAUCAAUAUUCCAAGGACCUUAUGGAACAUAGAUUCGAAGUGAAUUCAACAACUCGGAUCGGAGAUUUGGUUCAGCAUAUAGGAGACCGGUUGAACUUUCAGUCAGCUGAAGGGUUCUGUUUGGUGGUGUCUAUCCGAGACAAGACAGUUGCACUGGCAAAUGAGGAAUUCCUGUUUGACUCAAUCCAAGAAAUCUGCUCUUGGGUCGCAAGUGACUCUUCUUUCAAGAAAGGUCAGUCCCAGAGAUUCCUGUACGAGCUGAUGUACAUGCGGAAAGUCUGGCUUACGAUGGUUCCAGGCAAAGAUAGAAUUGCUGAUGUGGUCUGUCACUACCCUCAAGAAGUCCCCAAGUACAUUUUAGGAUAUCAGAAGUGUUCAAAGUCUGAUGCUGCAGUCCUGGGAGCAUUGAUUUUCAGAGCAGACAAUGGAGACAGAAAGUUAGAUCUUCUAGAUGACUCAAAAAAGCUUAUGGCCAAGUUAGUGCCUCCAUACCAUCUGAAAUUACAGUCUAACAAGGAGUGGAAAAAGGCAAUCUCUGAGGUUUACAAAAAACAAAUGGGUAUGACAUCUGAGGAUGCCAAAAUUAACUACUUGAGGUUUGUCUUCCCUUGGUCAACAUUUGGAUCAUCGUUUUUCGACGUGAAACAAACAACUGAGAAGCGGUUCCCUGAAAAUAUCACCAUCGCGAUUAACAAGAAUGGGAUCUUCAUCCUCGACAGGCAAACUAGGGAGCCAUUGACUCUGUAUCCAUUCACGGAGGUGACCAGUUUGGACCACUACAAAGUCAACGUUCUCACUGGACGUAAGCUCUGUGCGGCUCGUAUGCGUGACCCCUCUCGGCUACAAGAUGGACGACCUCAUCACGUCCUACACAUCACUUCUCGGGCCUCGCAAUAAUGGCGUGUGAUAGUAACAUGUGCCAGUGCUUUACUGUAUUUGAUCAAUGCAAAUUUGGUGAAAUGGUGCAAUUUACAUUUAUAAGUCUGUAACUUAAAUACUCCAACAUUUCAUGUUUUUCUGUCCAAAAAGAAUGUAUUCAA